AUGUCUGAUAAUGAAUCGAACGAUCCAGAGGAAGAGCAGAAUAACAUAGGGUCCUACGAAGGCGAGAGGAACGAAAAGAACGAGAGGCACGGAUACGGUAGGGCCAUCCUUCCCAAUGGCGACACCUAUGAAGGGUCCUAUAAAAACGGGAAACGCCACAACAACGGAGUCUACAGAUUUAAGAACGGCGCACGAUACACUGGAAAUUGGAAAGACAACGUGAAGCAUGGUGUUGGUACGUUUAUAUAUCCAGAUGGAACCAAAUACGAAGGUGAUUGGGUAGACAACUUAAGAUGGGGAAACGGAAAAUACAGCUACCUAAAUGGCGAUUAUUACGAAGGGGAAUGGAAAAACCACAAGAGAAAUGGUCUUGGUUGCUACUAUUUUGUCGAAUCAAAAAGCCGCUACGUUGGUCUAUGGAAAGAUGGACAAAGAGAUGGACAUGGAGAAAUGAUUAUGGAGGAUUGUAAAUACGUUGGGAAGUACCGGAGUAAUAAGCCUUACGGUGAGGGAAAGUACAUAUUCGAACGAAUACGUUGCAAACAAAUCGGUUUCUACGUUGAUUCUUUCCAGGUAUCAUCUUAA